GUUCCUUCUUCGUGCAAUAAUUUUUAUCAGAUUUGUCGUGGCAUUAAUUUCAGCUGCGGAAAUUAUCACAGAUUAUAAAGCUGAUGAGUUAUGGGAAGAUGGUCGAUUAAUAGCCACAACAAAAGUAAACAAAUCAAUAUUGAUGAAUUGUGGCACAGUGGAGGAUGGACGAUUGUUUAUUUUGGAGGAGAAACCGUUUCUAUUUGUGGAACACUCUCUGGACUUGAUAAAGUGAAAUCAGGAAAACUGUAAAUGUGCUAGUGAUAAAGACCGAUGGUCACAGUUCAUUUAUUUAAACAACCAAAGGCGUAACUGCUGAGAAUGC